GUUAAUGUGGUAUAUUCCUAUCCAGAAUGCACCUCGAUGCUGUGGCAAAUGGCGGCCUCCUGUUCGCACAUAGGGCGUCAGAUCUCCAAGACUAGCCGAUUAUUUAAUAAAAGCUUAAAGGAAUCAUGGUAUCAGAGGUAUUUUGGACUCAGCCCUGCUGUUUGCCAAGAAUCUGCAACUGCAGUGUCAGGCUCAGAAGGGGAAAUUGUGAUUCCAAGGAAGAAAACAUGGAGUAAAGAGGCUGUGUUGCAGGCUCUGGCGACCACUGUGAAUAGGGAUCCUACUGCCUGUCAUUACAUGUUUCAGGAUGAUUCCUACCUCAUACCAAGAACAUCUGGAGAGUUUAAACUCUAUUCUUUGUCCCAGGAAUCAGGCAGAAAUGCAGCUAAGUAUUUCAUCAACACAUACCCCAAGUACUUCCAAAAGGACUUUGCAGAACCUCAUAUUCCAUGUUUAAUGCCAGAGACUGUGGAGCUGCAAAUCGAGGAGGUGUCCGAGGCAGCUCUUGUGGAGCGCGUCAGGCUGAGAAAGGUCAAGGCGGCUGUGGACAUGUAUGAUCAACUGGUGCAGGCAGGCACUCCCGUGUCACUGGAUCUGACCAAUGACCUGUUGGAUCUGAUUUGUCUGUACGGAGAUCGGGAUCCACCACGAGAAGACUCCCCAGAACAGAGAAGUGACGAUGUGGCAGAAGAGCAGGACGACUCGAAGCGGAGAAAGGGAAGACUACGAAGAGCAUCUGAGCUACUAACGAUUGUAUGGAGGGAGAACAAUAAUGCACAGAGGAUUUUUAACACCAUGCAGGAACGGAACAGUCGAUCAUACAGCGCGCUCAUCAGGGGCAUGGUGAAGUAUGGCGCUUACUCCAAGGCUUUUGACAUGUACACGGACCUGCUGAACAACCGACUGACUGCUGACGUGCACACCUUCAAUGCGCUCAUCAUCGCUGCUGCAGAGGUGAAGGACAAAUACAGUGAUAAAUGGGACCUGAUCAUUGAUCUGCUGAAGCAGAUGGCUCAACAGAAGGUGAAGCCCAACCUGCUGACAUUUAACACAGCGCUGAAGGUACUUCGUCGGUGCGGCUCAUUGGCCAGAGCGCAAGCCUUCCCCAUCCUCAAUGAGAUGAAGGCCCUUGGCAUCGGGCCCAGUUUGGCCACCUAUGAUCAUAUCCUUGGCAUCUUCUAUAAAGCAGCCAGCUCAGCUCAAGGGCACACUGAGAUCCUACAGGAAGUGUUAAAUGAGAUGUCAGGAAAGAGCUUUACUGCCCAGGACCCAGAUGAUGUGCAAUUCUUCCCGAAUGCGAUGAGAGUUUGCCUGGAUAAUAAGGACAUUGAACAGGCUUACAGAGUGCACAGCCUGCUAGAAGUAGGGGACAACUGGCAACUUUUGGGGGAUUCCUAUCACCAGAGCAUCUACUACGGACGCUUCUUCAACCUGCUGUGUAUGAUGGAGCACAUUGACGUGGUCCUAAAGUGGUACAGAGAGUUCAUUCCCUCACUUUAUUACCCCAAUUCUCAAGGAAUUAAAGAUUUGCUUCAGGCACUUGACACAGACAACAGAUUAGACCUGAUUCCUCAAAUAUGGAAAGAUAUCAAACAGAUGGGACAUGACAAUAAGACGGACCUGCUGGAGCAGAUCCUUUCCCUUAUGGCCCGGGAGAAACAAAGUGCAGAGGUUCAGCAAUCAUUUGCAGAGUGUGCUCUGGAUAUAAAGAGACUGUACAUGCAGACGGACCGUGGCAGAGUGCCACUCAACUGGUCAACUAAUUCCCUUAGCAGCAUCACCUCCAUUCUGCUGGCAGCAGACAGGAUACAGGAGGCAGGGGAAAUGUUGAACAUCUUCAAAGCCACCAACAGAAUUCCUUCUGAGGAUCUGAUGAAUGAGUUUUUUGCCUGUAUAAAGGCACACAAUGACGCUCAGCAGGCUGUUGAGCUGGUCCAGAUCUCUGCGGGUUUCUGCCUGCCUGUCACUCCAAAUCUAAUCGAGAGGGUGCAGCAGGAGUUUGAGCUAAAUGAUGAGCAAAAGAUGAUCUUAUCAGAUCUGGAGUCUUCCACACAGGAGUGAUUAAAAGGCAGAGUGCUGGGUGUAAUUUAUCAAAAGUGUCUUUACAAUAAUAAAAUGCAACUGUAACUUUG